UUCCUAUGAGCGUCAAACUUGGCAUUAUGAUUCAGUCAUCAUGCCGUUGCCUCCACUGCCUUUGGAGUAUUUUUUCUUCUUUCCUUCUCCCUCAUCUCUGCCCCAUCUUCGUCUAAAAUGAUUGUCCUUCCUGUCAUUCUUGCCCUUUCCAUUCCUUUCGUAUCUGCCCAGGCAAAUGACUCUGCGGUCCAAAUAGAGGCUAUUGAAGCUCAUUUCACGCAAGCUGCAUUAGUCCCCGAGCUCCUCGCGACUUUUGACCCUAGUUCCAUACUCACCAUUAAUUUCGAUGGUGUCGGAGACCUGUCUCCAGGCCAAGCUCUUACUCAAGAUCAGGUCGCACCGACUCCUACGAUUCAAAUUACCGCCGCCAACUCCUCUGUGGAUCUCACCGGCAACUUUACCUUAGCCAUGGUAGAUGCUGAUAUCGUAGGUGCCGACGAGUCCAAUAUUACUCGACACUGGCUGGAAAACAGCGUUGUGGUCUCGAACGGCGAGGUUUCCAACUCAUCCGCCACUGCUAUCACUUCUUACGCCGGCCCAGCUCCUGCCUCCGGAAGUGGUCCCCAUCGUUACGUCGUGAUCCUAUACCAGCAACCGUCCUCCUUCAGCCCUCCUUCAGAAUUUUCUCAACCCAACCUGGGUGUCUCCAAGUUUGAUCUCAACGGAUACGUCAAGGAUUCUCAACUCGGCCCCAUAGUUGCAGUUCGUUCUGUGUCACAUAUAAGCAAAAAUUUUUUUCAUUCGAGUUUCCUUACAGGCAAAUUACUUUACUGUCGAAGUCGGUACUAGCACCACGUCUGUUUCCGCCACUUCUGCUGUACAAUCGUCGACCUUGGCUUCCAUCUCCACCGGGACUGAGACUUCUGGAUCCGCUGCAGCUAGUAGUACCAGCUCUGCAAGCAAUGCUGCCAUGGUUUCAA